AUGAUGGGUGAUGAAAAUCUAAUAAAGUUAAUGAUUAAGAAUAAUGCAGAUUGUACUCUUGUUACAAAGGAUAAUGAAACUGGCUAUCAGAUAGCUAUUCGAAAUCGACAGUAUCCAGUUAUUAGUUGUUUAAUGCCACUAAACGAGAUAAAGUGUGAACCGUUUCUUGAUUUAGUAUCAAAUGCUAAAACGUUUAGGGACUAUUUAAAAUAUUUGUUAAAAACGGAUGGCAUGGGACUUUUAAAAUACACUCGCGAAGAACAGUUAAUAAAAACUGAAGUGGAAAUAUACGUCAAACAACUAUUGUUUCAUGUUGAACAAAUGGAUCCAUUGUUCAAAUUUAAAGUUAUUCCUAGUGGCAGCUUCUACGAAAACACACGAGUGGGAUUUCCGACAGAAUUUGAUUUCAUGAUUGAUUUGAUUUAUAUUGGAUCGUUAUGUGAAUUUUUUGAAGUAGAAGAGGUAGAUCCACCUGGUUUUGGAAGAUUACGAUUGAAAAGUUCCACAGCACGUGAAGAAUUAGAACAAUUUAUUGAACCUGUUACACAGUGUUUAUCAUCAGGAAAAGUGAGAAAACGUUUUUAUCACUUGCUAACAUCAGCUAGAAGUCAUGUGAUAUGUAAAGAAUCAAUGAAACUAUUUCAUAAUUUAAAAAUGCGAUGGACAAGUGGUGAUAAAAGAUGUGGAACAGCCAUACACGCUGAAUGGUGUGGAAGUCAAUAUGCUAACCUCUUAAUCAAAAUUGAUAUUAUCCCAUGUAUAACUGUCCAAGGAUGGCCAACAUCCGCUAAUGUAGCAUGCCCAGCAGGUACUCAAUAUUUUCACGUUAUUGCCAGAAGUACAGCGUCACAUUUGACCUAUUUAUGGCGAAUAUCAACAACAUCGACUGAAGUCAAUUUUUUUCAAAAUUUAUCCAUUGAAAAAAAAUGUGGUUAUGCAAUAUUGAAAAUUAUACGAAAUGCAAUACCCUAUCAAUGUAGUAUAUAUCAAGGAAAAAUGAAAGUUGAUUAUGGUAUAGAAGAUCUGUUAACAUCAUAUACAUUAAAAAUGGAAUAUCUAUUUGAAUUAAAAAAGUAUCCAAAUGAUAGCGAUUGGAUGCGUGGAAAUUUUUGUUAUCGGAUUAUGUCCAUUUUUAAAAGAAUAUACAAACAUUUACAAUUGAACAAAAUCAUGUCGUUUUACAUUAGAAAUUACAAUGUUUUAGAUAGUGAAGAGUUUUUAUUAAUACGUCCACAUGAACUCAAGUAUGUCCGCUCAAUUUUAACUCAUUUGAAACACAAACAACUGGAGAACAAAGCAGCUAAACGUCUAAGAAGUAAUAGUUGUUCGACUCCGAAAGUUGUUCAGAUUCCGAAGAAAUUUCUUCUUAAAGAACGCGCAGAAAGUUUUGAAUUGUAA